UUCGAUGGAAGGCUCAUCCACUUUCAAGGAAUAUGCCAAUAUGUUUUGGCAAAAGAUAUUCACAAUAGAUUUGUUGUGCUUGGACGGAACGAGAAGUGUGGAAAUACCGUUUCAUGCACAAAAGAAGUCACAGUAAAAGUGAACAAACUUGACAUCGUUAUCAGACGUGGAGGAACUGUUACAGUUUUUGGAGUUGUAACUAGAUUGCCAUACGAGCAUCGAGGUGUGAAAAUCAGAAGACAUGGAAGAAACGUUAAAGUCGAAACAAAUAUUAGAGAGCUUAAGCAAGCGGCGUUUUUGUUUCACGGACGUCAACCGGAAAUGAAUGUGCCGUAUUUUAUGGCGUGAGCAGUCCGUGGAGCGAGGUCACAGACGGCAAAUGAACAAGUUUGAGGGCGGUGAUUUUGUGUCAAAUACCUUAAAGCAGAAUAAUAAUGAUAUCAGAGGGAAAACCCCUAGAAACGGAAGUUGGAGUUCAAGGACAAAUCGGACAAAUCAACUCUCCUAUGGAAUGGACCAGAAAACAUGAUAUCGUGCUCUUCAGAGAGGUUUUAGCAGUUAAUCCCUACCAAGCCAAAAAGAAAACUGUCCAGCGAGGACAAUUUUGGCAAACUGUCGCUGGCAACCUGGUUCAAUUGGAAGACCCUUCUUUUAAGAAAACACUCUCAAAGCGUUCCGUUCAAGAUCGUUGCACUCUAUUGUGCGAAAAACACAAGAAGAGAAUUGCAUACGAGAUGAAGGCUACUGGGAUAUCACCACAAUUAACGGAGUUGGAUAGUUUGAUCGAGGAAACUUUGGAAAAAGAGGAGGCGAGCGAAGAGUUGAGAGCAUCACAAAGUGAAGUACAGAAAAAAAAAGUUGAGGAAGAUCAGAAAAAUGCUGUGGACAUUCGAAAGAAAGCAAUGGAAAAGUUUGGAGAGACCAAAAAGAGAAAAAUUGAUGAGGGAGAAAUUGAAGAGAAGAAGAGAAGGCGUAGAAGAUCUGGCUCUGAUACAUUACAGUUCAUACGGGAACAGUCAGAAAAUGAAAUGAAAAUAAGGGAGAGGGAACUGGAAUUGGAAAAGGAGAAACAGAACAGGGAGCAGGAGAAGCACAACGAAUUUAAAGAGAUGAUGGCUCAGCAAAUGGCUCAACAGCAACAGCAAAUGGCCCAGUUCCAAAUGAUGUUUAUGCAGCAAAACAAUUUAAUGCUGUCAAUUCUUGAGAAGAAGUCAUCAUAACAUUCUGAUUUUAAUUGCACAUUUCAAUACUGAAUACUAUUACCUUUUUUAUGUAAUCAGAGGUUUAUGGUUUUAGGUGGUCUUAUACCCAUUUUCACAAAAAGUCAAAUUUUCAAAACCAUAAAAAUGAAAUCUUUUGCAUUCAAAUUCAAGUCUGCAUAAUUGAAAAAAGAUUUUCAUCAUGCCUGGAGAACAAAUUAUUUCUUCUCUCAUUUUUGGUUUUGGGAGUAAUGAAUAUAACUUAAUUACUAUGGAUUAAAACGUGAAGGAAAUGUGUAUAAGAUCACAUUAUGUUUACCUAACAUGUUAAAACAUAAAACAAAAUUAUGCUUUUAGGCAGCAGUUCUUAUGGUCACAACAACAACUUACACUUUACAUAUUAUUAGCUUAUGUUCAAAAACUCACAAUUUAUCAUAAUUUAAAGUGAAACACAUCAUACAAAGUCAAGUUAAUGUUGUGAUCACGUUGUAGUCUAUAUUUCACAUGUUGAUUAUUUGUAAUGAACAAUUUCAUUCAAUAUAUGCAAAAUUAGAAUCAAGAAAAGU